CUUUCUCUCUCUUUGUGUUCUCUUUACUUUCUCUCUUCCUUUCUGGUUGAGUGUGAACUCUUUUUGUAAAACUCCAGCACAGAAAGGGCGAACUAACGAGAGAGGCAUAAGGGUUCUCUCUCUUUCUGUGUUGGUUUCAGAUCUUUGAGCUCUCGAGAGCCCUAACAAUGGCGUAUGCGAUGGCAAACCAGCUUCGUAGUGUCGAUCCAAGUAUCUGGAAAGCCUGUGCAGGAAACUCCGUUGAAAUCCCCAAUGUCGAUUCUAGGGUUUACUACUUCCCCCAAGGUCAUGCCGAGCAAUCCAAGUCUCCACCGGAAUUCUCAUCUCUUGUCUAUGCGCAACCAUAUGUGCACUGCCGAAUCCUUUCCGUUCGCUUCCUUGCUAAUUCAGACACCGAUGAGGUUUUUGCGAUGAUCCGCCUGGAAGCCAUCGAUCGAUAUCAUAGUUUUGGAGUUCACUGUAUGUCGCCUGCUGCUCCAGUAGCUUCGAAAGGGGAUCUGGAGGAGAGGAAGAUUGUGUCAUUCGUGAAGAUCCUUACUCCCAGUGAUGCUAAUAACGGUGGCGGCUUCUCGGUUCCAAGGUUCUGUGCUGAUUCGAUCUUUCCGCCUUUGGACUACAAAGAAGAACCGCCAGUACAGUCAAUUUCAGUGAGAGAUGUUCAUGGAAUGGUGUGGGAGUUCCGGCAUAUUUACCGUGGAACUCCUCGGAGGCAUUUGUUGACCACUGGAUGGAGCAAGUUUGUGAAUUACAAAAAGCUAGUGGCUGGUGAUUCUGUGGUUUUCAUGAAGAAUCCGAAUGGUGAGCUUUUCGUUGGGAUCAGAAGGACUGCGAGGGGUAGCGGGAGUGUAGAUUCUGUGGGAUGGAACUGCCAAUAUGCGUCGGGUGCUUCUGCUAUGGUGAAAUUGGAAGAAGAGUUUCGAAACAGAGAGGGGUUUUCGAGGACCGAGAGGGGUAAGGUCCCGUCUGAAUCAGUGGUGGAAGCUGCUGAAUUAGCACGGGCAGGUAGGCCUUUUGAGAUUGUUUAUUAUCCCAGAGCAGGUUCACCGGAUUUCGUGGUGAAGGCAGAGACUGUGGACGAGUCUCUGAAUAUUAUUUGGACGGCAGGAAUGAGGGUGAAGAUGGCCGUGGAGACAGAGGAUUCAUCUAGGAUGACAUGGUUCCAGGGUACUGUUUCAUCAGCUGCAUUCAUAGACACUGGGCCAUGGCAUGCCUCACCUUGGCGUAUGCUUCAGGUUACAUGGGAUGAGCCUGAAGUUUUGCAAAAUGUAAAAAAAGUAAGCCCAUGGCAAGUUGAAUUAAUUGCAACCACACCACCACUUCAGACACCAUUCCCUCCCACAAAGAAACUUAGAGUUUCUCAAAAUCCUGAUUUUCUUACACCUACAGAGGGAGGCUUGUACUUUCCUAUGGCCGGAUUAACUAAUUCAAUGAUGGGGAAUUUGAGCCAACCGUUGUUUGGUUAUAAUUCUCUUCCUGUGAGCAUGCAGGGAGCCAGGCAAGAUUCAUAUUAUGUAUCAAGUUUAUCAAAUUUUGUAUCUAACAAUAGUCGUCAGAUGGGCUAUGAUAAUUUGUAUGGUAAUGUGGCACCCAAGUCUAGUUGUGUAUCUACUGAAUUGAACAUUGGUAGCGCGUCACAAUCUGAUAACUCAUCACCAAAUAGUCAAAGCAGUGUGCAUUUCUUUGGUACAGAACUUCUCGUCAAUCGUAAUCGUAACACAACCACAAAAUCUGGUGUGUGUUCAUUUCAAUUGUUUGGUCAGAUAAUCCAGACAAACCAGCCGGUUGAGAGUGGAUCAGAUGAUGUUGGGUGCUCGGAAGAUGAUGGCAGUAAAGGAUACAAAGAGAUUGAGGGGAUCAAUAACCUACUGGAUCCUUCUCCAUCGUGCUCUUACAACAAUCUAUAUAAUGGUGUUGAUGUUCCAUGUCAACGAGGCUCAGCUGUGGAAGCAUGCUCUUUGUGAAGGUAUAGUGGUUGCAUUGUGUCAUCCAGAUGAAAAGCUGUACAGACCUGUCUAGACAAGGCGGGAAGCUGACUAUGUGGCUGACCUUUGAAGUAAAGUUGAGAUGUUUCUGGCUGCUGUGCUUGAAGCUUCUAGUUUGUAGUCUAACUUUGUGUUGAUUUGUUUCUAGCUGCUGUAUUUCAACAUUUCCAGUUUGAAGUUCGACUUUGUGUUAAUGUGGAACCAUUAUAAUCUUGUUCUGAUUUCUUAAAUCAUUUAGUAGACUAAAGACAAUUUGAGAGUUUUGGAUUUAA